UGUCAGAAAGGGGCAAGGUCCUACUCAGGCUCUGUGCUGUAGUCAGCAGGGGGAGAAAAGGGGAGAAUCCAAUCCGGUUUGAGCUAGUUCGUGUUUCGAUGGGACGUUAAACGGUUUCUUCUCUGAAACCUGUGUGUCUUUAUAUUCAGCUAACUAAACACAGUUGGCUAUUUUAGGGUGCUUUGCACUGCCAGUUUUUUGCAGCCUAAUUUUGGUUAAAUACAGCACAGAAAAGUCCAUCAUGCCCAAAAGGAGCAAAGCAAACAAUGACACUGAAUCUGGUGAGCCCAAGAGGAGAUCAGCAAGACUGGUAAAUAAACCUGCACCAACUAAGGCAGAGCCUAAGCCAAAGGCAAAGAAGGCACCUGCCAAACCCAAGAAAACCAAGGAGCCUAAAGAGGACAAGCCCGAGGAGAAGAAAGAGGAAGUCCCAGCUGAAAAUGGAGAGGCAAAUGAUGAUGAGGCACCAGCAUCAGAAGAUGACAAAAAGGACGACGCAUAACAUCUCGCCUCAAACCAGCGCUCCCUGUACCUCUAUUCUUGUACAAUUCAGGGGAAUAUUUUUAUCUUCUAUUUUCUAAAGGCAGUUUUUUAGUAGUUUGACUGUAGAGACACAUUUUUUAUGAAAGAUAUGAUGCAUUUUAAGGGGGAUUUCACUGCAUCCCACAUUUGUACAUCCAGAACAGUAAUUGUCUGUCGGUUCCUCUUUUGUAAGAUGGAAGAAGUUACGAUGCUACACAAACUUGUGGCUUUUACAGACGGUUGGACAAGUUGCCCAAAUGACUAACAUUCCAUUGGCUCUAUGAGGGAUUUUUUUCUUCUUCUUUUGAGUGUGUGUAACCUGUACUGUUUGUGUGCGCAGUGGAUUAGGGAUGUGAAUCACUCAUCGUUUAUUGUUUAUAAUGAGGCAGAUUGCUUAGAACAUUUGUAAGCUGUGUUCCGUAUGUUAAUUCUUCUGCUUAAUAAACCUACUUUGUAGUGCUGGAGCUUUCUGUGUCGGGCCUGUGCAUCAUCAUGUGUUUAUUUGUUGUAUUUUCCGUGAUAGCGCCACAAUAGCUGUGUAAGGAUAUUCAAUUUUAUAUGUGCAGUGUGUAAUGGUACAUAGUCCGAAUGGUCAGGAUCGAGUUUCAUUCUCUUUAGCGGGGCUAAAUUUCAUCAAUGUGUUAAAGCUCAACUUAUUUCAAGACCAAUCUGUGUUCAAGUGUGAAACUACAGCAUUCAUACCAGCAGUAGCAAUAUUCUUCUGCAACUACAAAUGUACAGUUUCUUUUGGAUCAUUGUUUAUAGAUGUAUCUCUUGUGUAUUGUUUGGUUAAAACGAGCCAAUAAAAUUGUUUGUGACA